AUGACGGGGAGCUUCCGGAUUCAGCUAAUCAAUAUGAAUACCAGAAAUGCAGCUUUUCAAGCAAAGUUGCGGUGUCUUCACGACUUUCAUGUGCGACUGCUGGCCAAUCAAGCACCGGGACCAACGGGGUCUGAAGUUGCAAACACUAUCAAAUACUUUUCUCAAACCUUACUAACUGUCCUAAAAGAUGUUCCGUGUUCACCAUUGGAAAUGAUAAAGGAUCCAUCGUUGGAUCAAAUACGGAUGUCUAGCUAUCCCAACUUGGAGUACCAAAAUCUCUACAAUGCCCUCACGAUGCUGUUGGAUGUAGCCUCCAACAUCCAGUCCGGGUUGCAACUGUUUGGGAAGGCGUUUCUGCAAUGUUUGGGAUGCAUACUACCGUUCCUUGAUAGAGAUCUUAUCGAUAACCUACCAUAUCUUACCGCAUCGAGUAUUUCGGUCCUGCCAUCUACGCUACACCAGGAUAUCAUCAACUACCUGUGCUACUAUAUUCUUCCUUUCACCAUCACGCGCCAAAGUGACGACGAUCAGGAAUGCCACGCGUGCCAAUCGGUAUCGGCCGUCAUUAUGCUCGUGUUUCAGUACUCCACCAAUCCGGCCCACCAUUGCCAGCUGCUCGAAUGCUUAAUGCGCUUGAAGCACAACGUCGCCAAAGAUCUGUUGUGCGUGAUCGGGUACGGGACGGCGAUGUCGCGUGCGUCUGCCGCCAAGCUGCUGUUUUACUACUGGCCCGCCUUCGAUCCGAACCUGUUCGAUAGGAAGGGGCUGCUGUGCAAGUUCACCAACGAUCUAGUGCCGUUCGUCUGCCAGCGGGAAUCAUGCCCGAACGCAGGCAAUGCAGAAGCCGUUAAGGUAUGCUACGAUCACUGCAUCAGCAUUCUGUACGCAUCGGAUGCGCCACCGCCGCUCUACCUGUGCAUCGAGUGCGCCAAUGAGAUACAUCGCGAUCAUCGGAAUCUUACUUUCGGCGACAUUUUACAUCCGAUGCAGCAGGUUUCUAUGGUGUGCGAGAACAAGAAUUGUCGAUCACACGAAAAAUCGGCCGUAUCUAUCUGCUUUUCCAACGAGUGUGCUAGUUACAAUGGCAAUCACCCUAUACGGUACUGUCUUCAAUGCCACGGUAAUCGUCACAACAGUCGCCGUGGCAUCGAUCAUAUCGUUCAUCGAAGCCUGCCACCGAUGAUGAUGAUGGAUGCCGAGAUGCAAACGUACCUGGUGGAAUCGGUGAUUAGUCUUUUGCGCGAAGCCAAACCGCUCAACGUGGACUUCCGUAAGGAUUCGGCCAAUUUAGAAUCGAAAGGAAAUGCUUCGGGUUCGAACGGUGGAGAACAGCAGGUCGAUAUGUUAACACUCGAGGAGCGCCAAUUGCUCGGCCGCUACGGCAUAUGGUUGCUGGUCGGGCGCUGUACGCCAACGGUCGAUACGCCGAUAGAAAUUUUGGGUCGCCUGUUGUCGAUGCUGUUCCAUUGGUUCCACGUGACCGCCUAUUCGUACGAUGGGCAAACUGAAAGCACGCUGGAAAAGCUUAAGCAAGAUCAUAUAUGCAGCUGGCUGAAGGAGGUACGCAUCAGUCACUAUAAAGAGUUUAUUGAUUGUUUGCUGCCGCAUCCACCCGAGUACUCGCGCGUUGGGGGCCACUGGGAUUCGUUGGCUUCGCGGACGUCCCAUCUGAAGGAAGGGCUGCAGCGACUGAUUUGUCUGAUACCGUACGAAAUCAUCACACAGGAGAUCUGGGACACGGUGAUGCCCCACUGGAUGGAAGCAAUUACUAACGACGUCCCGGAAAAAGAGUUGAUCGAGUUGAAGAUCGUGCUGAACAAGAUACUGGAUGCGGAAAUGUCACCGCUAGGGUUCGACGCUAGAGCGAUGUACAACUUCGUAGCGAUUCGAUUUGAGAAGACGACGGCCAAAGUGCAACAGCAGGCUUUAUAUUGGUUGCAGAAUCUAACCAAGCUGGAGAUCGUCAUUCCGCUGCCACAACUGUUUGCAAUGUUUGGUGACGGAGUGCGAAUCAUGAAGCACGGUGUACAGGCUGAAAUAAACAAAUCCAAGGAUUCGAGCCGCGUUGGUUCCAGUGGUGGAAGUGGCGCCAAAUACGCAAAAGAGCGUGAAUUACAACCACCGAGGCGUAGCUCCAUCUCUCCUGUCGUCGAGGACGAAUCCGGCAACACUUCGGCCAUUUCGGACGAUGAGGUACCCAUGAGCAAAUGCAUGGAGUUUUCGACCGAUGCCGAGCACAAUCUCACAUGUUGCGUACUGAUGUUGGAUAUUUUGUUACGACAGAUGGAACUUCAGGAAAUUGAGAUGCAUUCCGGCAUUUAUACGACGGUCGCUGAAAAUGUGUGCCGCUUGCUGAAGUGCAUGGUAACAGCCGCUAACGUAGGCAUGGGCAAUCACAGCUGUAGGCUGAUGGAUUGCGCAUAUUGCGAAACGUCUGUCAUGUGGCACCAGCUUUCGACCAAACUGGUACAGUAUCUCGCUCCGGUAAAUCCUGUCAAUCCGCCUGAUCCACCCAUGCAGACCGUGAUUGAAGAUGAAAAAGUCCGAAAAAGUCCUCCCGAAUUGGAAAAGGAAGUGAAAUCUAACGAACGCGACAUGUCUCUUUCGAUGGCCCCCUUGCACAUACCGCUUGGUCCAUUAGUCAUGCCUUCUAUUCUUGAUGAUGCCGGAAAAGUCAUUAUUAUGGCAGGUCCAGUGCCGGUAGCAGUCCCACAGCCGGAACCUCACUCGGUUGGUGGUGUAUUAGUACAUAUGCCGCAUGUUUGUUCUAUCAUGACUGCGACAGUGGAAACCGUCUCGGAGCAACUUGACCUGGCUGCAAUAAUGCCUUCGGAGAAGGUAGUACCAGCGGUGGCACGAUCGGUCACUUUGUCGGAAGCUGAUGUUGCCACUGCAACGGUGCAGAUCGCCAAACCAAACGUGAUUGGGGAAAGCAGUUCAGAAGGCGGUGGUCUGGAUUCGGAAAACCUUGAAGGCUCCCAUCCGUUCGACGGGGACGAAGAGUUCUGGCAUACCUCGGUUGGGAAAUUCAAGUUCUCUAUUGACACGUUGCCUCAGUCUUUACAGUUCAUCUAUCAAUUGCUGAAGGAAAUACCCAACAUCGAUAAAGCCGACAUACUGUACUAUGUAUUGCAAUGCUUGAACGUAAUGGUGUUGCACGGGGACGCGUUCGUGAAGGCUGCCCGCGACAAUCGCGGAUUCUUCAUCUGGUGCCAGGAAAAUAUGCUUAUCAAAAACUUAUGGGACCUGUGCACCGCUGCCCAAUCCCACAUUUGUCAAGCGACGGUGCCAACCUUGCUGCACUGCAUCACACUUCCAAUGGGCUCGGAUGUAUUUUGGAAAGUAAUUCAAGAAGCAUUCCAUGAUGCUGACUGGCGAGUACGCUUCGAAGCGGUAGAAAGAGUCACAGUUAUUACACGAUUCAUGGACAGCACUCCUUUGCGCGCAGAAGUGAGUCUGCAAACAUCACUGGCUACGGCGUUUUGUCACCUGAUAGCGGCAUGCGAUGAUAUUAAUGUACAUGUCGCCCAACGUGCUACUCUUUACCUAGGCACUAUCCACGACUACGCGAUCCAGGCGCUGCUGUACUGUCUUGAAAGUCAGUUUGACAAAUUCAUCAUCGAUCGACCAGUGGUUUUGCAAUCCAUCUAUCAGCUGCACAAUUCGCUGUCCGAUCGUAAGGUGCUCACGUGGGAUUUCUUCCUCAAUCGCUUUGAUACACUCUUUGUGGAAGCACAGGUGAAUCUGGAGCGUGUGGGAGAUAUUUCCUACUUGCGCGACCUGCGUAACAGCGAAAACGGCAGCGAAAUCCUUUCGACGAAGAUAAACAAGGCGCGCGAAGCGCUGAGCCAAUCCGAUACGACCGGAAGCAUGUCAAAGACGUUGAGCGCUUCCUUCGGUACCAAGUGGCCUUACAAACGCACCAUGUCCGCACCGGCAACAAUAAUACCGCGGCAGGAAUCAAAAAUCGAAAAAGAAAAAGUCUACAGCCGCCAAGUGUCUGCACCGAUUUUGAAACGGAAAAGCUCUCGUUUUGGGUUAGAUGGACACGUUCAUUCGAUCAGUGGACAGAAUGAAGAUUUCCACUUGGGAAGCCUGUACCGCGUAAUCGAUCUGGAAGAAGCAGACAAGGAAACGAUCCACCUGCUUGUCUUUCUACUGAUGCAGUUCAUGUCCCGACCCGAUCUGGCUUAUCCCACGGAUGAGAAACCACUGUUCAAAAUUCAGUCAAUCGUGCUUCGGCACCUGUAUCUGCUAUUGGGCUAUAAUCAGGGGGAAAAGUUCUUCCACGUGCCGCCGGCUCGCCUGCGCUGCUCAUCCGUAUUCAACGCAUUUAUGGCCAAUCUCCCGCAGGUGCUCGAUCAGAACCACCAAAUGGGUUGGCUGCUACUGCCGACCGUCAUUCAGCUGUUGCUUUACGCACCGAAUCAGGCGAACGGUGCCUUUCUGCCACCGGGCGCGGGUAGUGGAACUGAUCAAAAUCACCACAAUAAUGUAGUAACGUACAAUUUUUCCAUUUGGUAUCUGGAGCCGCACGUCCGUCGUAACUGGUUGAUGUCGCUGCUGGUCAUUUUGUACAAGUACCAGUAUAAUCAGGCAUCAAUGGCCGAUCAGGUGCAGAAUUUGAUACGUCUUGUUAUCAACUCGCUCGAUGCACAGUUUCACAAAUGUCGACGCAUACCAACCACCAUCAUUAUGGAUUAUUCGGCAACACGCUUACGCAACCAAAGCCAACCGUCGCUGGGUACCACUUCGGAACUUGGGGACGAAAAACGCACUAUAAAUGACAGCAGCCCCCCGUACAGCCCACUGCAAACAACGACCCUUUCGCUGUACGGCUGUGAGGAAUCGUCCAAAGGGCGAUCCUCGAGAGGUAAGGCUGGUAGCAAGGUGCGCAAGCACCCGGAGGCCGAUGGAGAUGAUACCGAAUCAGAACUGGUCGUCAUACCGGAGAGUGAUGUGAGCGACAGUACAAUUCAGGAAAGCAGUGUGCAGGGUUCCCUGGAAGACACAGCAAGCAAUGACGAUGAUUCGAACGCCUUAAAACCGGAUACAGGUGGAAAAGUCAAGGAAGGUUUAGCUAGUCUUAGCCGAACAAACCUCUCCAUAAUCUGUGGAGCUCCAAAGAUUGCAGCUGGUGUACAGCAAAACCAACCCCAACAGGCAAAAUCCAAGAAAUCUCAUCAAGCAGCAAUGUCCAUGUCCCUUGAACAAACAGACACCGCAUGCAGUAGUAAUGCCAACAGUAAAGAGCCCGAGAAGACUUCCACUGUUAGUAAGCCGGAAAAAGCCGAGAAGUCAAGCAGCAAUAUUUUUCGAAUGCCAUCGGCAUUUCAAAUGUCGUCCCAAAAAUGCUCCGUUCAGGAGGGUGUACGUAUGAUGGUUACAUCAUCAAUGCUGGGACAGCCAAAAGCUCAGGCAAUUUUGAAUCCCUUUGCUAAUGUGCAGAAAGCUAUUGUUGUGACGCAAAGUACCACCAGUGGUAGUAGCGUGUCCAACGGUUCGAAGGACGUUCUAUCAAAAUCUAAUACGCCGUGCGCUAAACUAGAAGAUCUUGCUGCUUGUAAAAAACCUUCAAGCUCAACAAACGUUAAACAGGAUUCUGAACAAACGAGCUACGAGGCUGUUACAGAUUCUACCAAACCAAAGCAAUCUGCCGAAGCUUCCAGUGUUUCUUGUUCUUCUAAUAUUCAACAACCCGCAGAAAGUAGUGAAUGCAAAACGUCGCUCUUGGAUGCUACGAUUGAUUCUUCGACAACAUCCGGUGUUAAGCCCAACAUUUCAGUGGGCUUAGCUAAAAGUCUGCUCCAGCAAUUGCCAAUUCCAACACCAGAGCGCUUGUUACCUAUCGGACAAUAUGCAACAGAAAGUGUUAGUACUAUUGUGGAAAGGGUACGCGAAGGAUUGUCCAUAGCGGAAGCAACGAGUUCUAACGAUACAACCGAUGAUCGUUCAGAUAGUGCUGCCAGUUGCUGCCAUGCCCGUGAUGUGUCGACAUCGUCUCCCCGUAAGCUGACUAAGCAGAGUGCCCUGGAGUCUCCACCACAGGCUCUGAUCAAUGAGAAUGGUUUCGGGCAACCUGGUAGGUCUACCAUUAGCAGUGCUUUUGCUGCCCACGCGCAACGAGAAAGUGAACCAGCCAUAGCUGGUGAUCAUAAAAAGGAUAACCAACAGCCACAGAAACAUACAAAGCGAACGAAAAUGUUCAGCGACACCCAGAAAGAUACACGAGUGAAGUAUGCUGGCUCUUGGGCACCGGACGCUAAAGACGAUGGAUCAGAAGUUGAUGAACCAGAGAGCUCGUCUUGUCCAGAAAAAUCAAGUAGCCUACGCAUUGGAGAUGAGUGUAUUUGCCAUCGUUGUACUGAAUGUGGAGCAGUAAAAGAGGAAUACACCGACGAGGAAAUGGGAAUAAUGCUUAUUGUGCUUGGUACGUUCAUUCAUCGCGAACCUUCUCUUGGCGCACCGUUCUUACCAGAGAUAUUAACCAUCGUCUCUAGAAUUUCUCUACAUCCCACGUUUCCUUGGCGUUGCGAAAGUCUUACUCAUUUGCCAGGAGGUUCACAAUCGGUUGCGCAUCAAUUUAUUCGGUGCGUUCUGCACCAACUUGCUCCAAACGGAGUAUUUUAUCAAGUUUUUCUAACACAGAAAGAUGAAAUAACUCGCAAGCGAUUCUAUCGUAGCGUGUCCAACAGUUUGAACGAUUUUUCCGAACUAAACCCAACCAGCCCGAUACAAAUGCUUGCCGAGACACUGAAUGCUAAGAAAACGCUACCGAUCGACUUGUUGCCCGUGAUCUUCCGCAACUUGGCCGAGUACCUACAGUGUGUGCCAAUAGAUUGCAUAGCCGGCAGCGUGUGGUUACCAGUGAUACAAGCCCUGGAUAGUUUACUACGCCGUGUUAUAUUGAUAUUAGGCAACAUAAGUGGCUCUGAGCAUCUGCUCGAUAUUAUGGUGGCCUUAUUGAAAGUACCACAACUGUCGAAGAGCAUAUUGGAACCCUUUUCUAAGGUUAUCAGCUUCGCCAUUCAGAACUUACAUUUGACGCAGCGAGUGUUGGUUGAAAUCUGUAGCUUAAGCGGACGAGCGUUUGCUAAAGAGCGUGACAAGCUGUAUCUUGGAAGACAAAUUGUGUUUGAUCUGGUGCAGGCAUUGAAGUUCAAAAUCAACGUACCGGAUGAUAACCUUUUACUUUUGGUUGGAUUCCUGCUACAAGAUGCAGGUGGAAUUUUACCACCCGGAAUCAUCGGCGAACUUUCCUGUGGUGAAUCGUUCGUGCAUGCGAACUGCAACAUUUCUGAAUGCAUGCGGCAGCCAUAUUUGAACGAUAUUCUAGAAUUCUUGGCGGAUUUUCAUACGUUGAGUAAAAUUAAGAAUUUGAAAGCACCCAGCACCACCCCUGGUUUAUGCGAAGAUACAAUAGGUGGCGUUUUGAAGGGUGCUAUUGCACAAUAUCUUGCACUUGAAAUGUCUCGAGGAAAUUCCAAGGAUAGUCGAACAGUGUCCAAAUACCUGCCAUGGCUAAAUAAUGCUCCAUCAUCCUUACAACAAGGACCGAAAGAAUUUACAGAAUGCGUGGGUCAUAUGCGGUUGCUGUCCUGGCUUCUAAUGGGAUCCCUCACACACACGGCAUUGGUCGUACGACGCAUCGGUGCCGGUACGACUACUCCGCACCAAAAUCACAUGAGGAGCAGUGCCCUUAUUAUACAGCCCGUACCACAGGAAGCCAGUUGCCACAUUGCAGAUCAUGUGCAAGUGAUUUUUGCCGGUUUUGCCGAACAAUCGAAGACUUCCGUCUUGCAUAUGUCUUCUUUGUUCCAUGCGUUCACUUUGUGUCAGCUAUGGACGGUUUAUCUUGAACAGGUGGCUAGCUUGGCGGCAAUAUCUUCAGAAGCAUACAACACCACUCUAAGUGUGCUAUUUGAGUUUUGGGCGAAAGUUACUCCCUGCAUUCUCCAGCUGGUCUCACACUCCAAGCUGUCGGAGAGCGUUAAUCUCCAUUUCCUGGGACUUCUGGAAUCCUUGAAGGAAACCAGAUCCACCAUAUUGGCGAAAUUGCUGCCCCUCUGGACACCGGUCCUGUCGUCAAAUACGCAGCUGUCUGGAACGCUGCACGUGCGUUUGCAAAAUUGUCGCGAUGCCGUCCCUAACAUCGAGGAGCAGGAUUUCCACGCAUCGGAAGCUCUGCUGAAAUGGUUACAACGACUUCAGUUCAAAAUGGGACAGAUUGAACUCCAAUCAUCUACGGCAACGCAGUUCUAUUCGAUUUAAAAAGGAUUUGUUGUGCUGAAAAGUUCAUACAAUAUUUAUUCCCUUGUUAUACAGUAGUACAACGCUGUAAGAAUACAACAAUAGUAACAAAUAGGCAAACUACCAUGACCUUAGCGCACAGAUUAUUUCCCUGAAAAAGGUGUGAAUCUAUUCAGCAAAAUGUUAGUGUGUUCUUGUUGUGUAGUAAUUCGUUGAAAACGAUAGUAAAUUGAUGUGUAUAUGUUUAGUAAACAAUAGACACCAAUAAAAUAUAUGA